AUAAUUUCGUUGCAUUUUUUAAGAUGGGACCGAAAGCCGAGACAAAAGCAGCCAAGCCAAAGGCAGCGGCUGCUAAACCAGCUGCAAAGAAACAGACUGAGACCCGCAUGGUGAAGAAGACUAUUGGUGGAGAUAAAAAUGGUGGUUCCAGACUUGUCAGAAAAACCAGAAUAUCUCGCUAUUACCCAACUGAGGAUAAACCCAGAAAGCUGAGGUCCAGAAAGACUGCCUUUUCCAAGCACAAGCACAGCAUAAGACCCUCAAUUACUCCUGGCACUGUUCUUAUUCUUGUGGCUGGUCGUCACAAGGGAAAGAGAGUUGUCUUCUUGAAACAGUUGGAUUCUGGAUUACUUUUGGUUACAGGUCCAUUCCAUUUGAAUGGUUGCCCUCUCAGAAGAAUCAACCAAAUCUACACUAUCGCCACAAAAACAAAGCUGGACAUCAGUGGUGUUAAACUACCAGAACGCCUGAAUGACAAAUACUUCAACCGUAAACAGCUGAAGAAGCCCCGACACACAGAGGGGGAAAUCUUUGACACCAAAAAAGAGGUGUACACUGUCAGUGAUGAAAGGAAAGAAGACCAGGUGGCUGUUGAUAAACAAAUUCUGGAUGUGAUCCGCAAAAAUCCUGAGAAAAAAUUGUUGUUUGGUUACCUUGGUUCCAUGUUCUCACUUGGAAGCCGACAGUACCCUCACAAAAUGGUCUUCUAAACAUUAUUUAAAAUAAAAUACUGACAGAAUGUU